AAUAUAAAAUAGGAUGAGUGUUGUCUAUUAUCCUUAGUUGACAAUACCCUUCUGUGCUUCUGUAUAAUCCCAUUCACAUCAACAACCUGUGACCAUCACAGUGCAACUGUGUUAUAUUGGAACACUGUGAAGGUAGAGUAUGCAAAAGGAAUUAUAAGUAACCAAUAUUUUUAAGAUCUUUUGUAGUAUAUAUAUGCAUGAACAUGAAAGCAAGUUCCCAAGAAUUAUUCUCACUUCAUGGGAUGUUAUAGUCUGAGAUAUUUUCUUCAGCCGUUUUUCAUUGCAUGAGGAGUUUUCAUAUGGAGAUUUCAUCAAUCAGAGGGUUACCUGAACUGGGGAUAAUAGAGGAUCCUAACUUUCUUCAUCAGUGGCAGUUAAACCCAACUGAUACAAGUUGUUUAACAGGAGCUGCUUUUGGUGAGAGUUUGCAGAAGGUCUCAUUUUCUGGUAACUCAAACUUCAACCCCAAAGCAUCGAUGGAAACAUCACCAAAUGGAAACGAAAGACCCACAAAACAGCUCAGAAACAACAACUGGAUUAGCAAGAAAAGUCAGCAUCAGACACCAGAGACGCAAUAUGCUUCAUGCUCAAAUCUUCUUUCAUUUGUUAAUUCGAAUUUCUCAAAUGAAUUGGGCCUAGGGAAGCCUAAGGUGGAAAUGGUGUGUCCUGAAAUUGAUAACAGUGCUCUUGCUGAGAUGUUGGUCUCUCAAGGAACCUUGGGAAAUCAGAACUAUCACUUCAAGGCUAACCAUGAGGCCAUAAAGAUUGAAACACGUCCCAAACUUUCUCAGCCUCAGGACCACAUAAUAGCUGAAAGGAAGCGGAGAGAGAAGCUCAGCCAGCGGUUCAUUGCUCUAUCUGCUCUCGUUCCUGGCCUGAAGAAGAUGGACAAAGCUUCUGUUCUUGGAGAAGCAAUCAAGUACUUGAAGCAAUUGCAAGAGAAAGUGGGUACUCUUGAGGAGGAACAAAACAGAAAGAGAACUGUGGAAUCUGUCGUAACUGUGAAGAAAUCUCAGCUAUCCGAUGAUGCUGAAGACUCUUCUAGUUCAGAUACCGGUGGUACAUUGGACGAGGCACUACCUGAAAUCGAAGCAAGAUUUUGCGAAAGAAAUGUUCUCAUAAGAAUACACUGUGAGAAGAAUAAAGGAAUCAUAGAGAAAACGAUCAGCGAAAUUGAGAAACUCCAUUUAAAAGUUACCAAUAGCAGUGCGUUGUCAUUUGGGAGUUUCAUUCUUGAUAUAACCAUUAUUGCUCAGAUGGAUAUGGAAUUCUGCAUGACAGUGAAGGAUCUCGUGAGAAGUUUACGCUCAGCUUUUUCAUAUUAGUAUGAACAAGUUUCAUAUUAUCAAGUUUAUGAUGUUCUUCAAUAAUAACUCUGUUUUCAAGGCCUGCAAUGUCUCUGCCACCUUUACCAUUGCUCUGAGGUUCAUUUUGCAGGAGGGUUUUUCCAUGGUUAACUUGUUGGCAGUGUUAUUAUCACCCUCUUGUUUCAUGAGUGAAUGUAGAGCUUCUUAUGCAUUUUUUUGCAGGAAGUUGAGAAGAUCAACUGCACCUGUUUUCCAUCUAUUUCUUACAUGGCUUUGUUGAGUCACUUGUUGUUAUGUUUGUUUUCCAAGUGUUAUGGGUUACUUUCCUUUAUUGAAAUAAAUAGGUUUUGGUUACAUCGUUAGUGAUGGAAUAAUGGUAUUUUUACCUCUUACAUGUUGCAAAAUUUUAACAUGAUA